CUCCAGCCGCCACCACGCCACGCACCACACGAUCCACACUCAGCCGCAAGAGGCCGUCGAGUGCGCUGCUGAUCGAGCGCCUUCGACACCCGCCGCGCUGCUGGUUCCGGAACGACCCCAGCCCAUCCAGCUACCAGUCGAGAGGGAGAGCACAAGGUACCAGCAACGCAGUGUGUGACAUCAAGACCUUGGACUACCGCAAGUGUUGAAGUCGCUGUCAUAGUGUCAACAACAGGUGGCUCGUCUUCAAGCACAGCAACACCCUCUAAGAGAGCCUGUGUUAGCUAGUGACUGUGCUCAGAUGGGCCUGUACUACACGUGAUGAGAGUCAACGGCCUACAAGGAUAGUUCUUAAAGAGACUCAUUCAAGUUUCCAUAGCUGCGGGGUGCCUCAGAGCGAACCGAGACUCCCGUAUCAAUCUCUCGUCUAAUUAAGUACUUUGGGCUCAGCAGAAGUGCUAAAGACGAAGUUGCUGAACUACCAAUCUACAGUUCAUCUACGACAAGUGACUACCUACGCCAACGCCUACACGCUACAUUUCGCAUCCGAAUCCGGCUCACUUGGCAGCAAAAUUGCGGUGAACAAAUAGGCGACGGAAAACAGAAAGACUCUCCGUCUGAGGGAAGUGGGUCGCAGAGUACGAGCAGCGGCGUCGCAGCGGGCAAGACCCACAGGUGACGAUUGACAGCACUGUUACACGGACUACGCGCUCCCGAGCCACCGACCAGCAAAUUCGUUGCGUGGAAGUGUGACCGAGCCGGUAAAAGCCUGCGGACAGUCGAAAAGUGUGUGUGCGUACACAAGCGUAGUGUUCUGCUCAAGCGGAAAAGUGACAAUCACAGGACAUGUGCCACCACAGGUUCUAACCCAGAUCGUCACAGCGCCCGAUUUCUGUUCGCAGACAGCCUUCACGUGGAUAUUACAAACAAGAUGCUCCGCUGGCCGCUGUUGGUGGCCUGCUGCGGCCUCCUGCUGCUGGCGCGGCCGUGCGUCGCGCAGUGCCCGUGGUCUGCCCAGCAGUUCGCAGACCUGUCGUCGGGCUGCGUGUGCGCCUUCAACUCGGCGCAGGAGCUGUCGGUGCAGUGCGACGGCGUGGACUGGGCGCGGCUGGUGCGCGCGCUGUCGCGCCUCGGCGCGCAGCCGCUGGACCUGCUCUACGUCACCAACAGCUCGGUGGCCGCCCUGCAAGACGGCGCGCUCGCUCCCCUGUCCGCCGUCCGCUCGCUGCAGAUCUCCGGCUGCGGGCUGCGCACCGUCGCCCCGGACGCCUUCCGCGGCCACGAGACCGUGCUUCGCAACCUCAACCUACAGGACAACGAGCUGGGCGCGGUGCCGUCGGCGGCGCUGUCGCGGCUGUCUGCGCUGACGCACCUGGACCUGUCGCGCAACCGCCUGGCGCACGUGCCGGCGGGCGCGCUGGAGCCGCUGUCGUCACUGGCGACGCUGCGGCUGGCCGACAACGCCAACGUGACGCUGGCGGCGGGCGCGCUGCGCGGGCUCGGCGCGUCGCUGCGCAACCUCAACCUGCGCGGCGCGCGCCUGCGACACCUGCCGGCCGACGCGCUCGCGCCGCUGCGCAGCCUCGCCUUCCUCGACCUCUCGCACAACGCCAUCCGCGAGCUGCCGCCAGGCGGCGUGCUGUCGACGCUGGACUCGCUGGCGGCGCUCAACCUGGAGCGGAACCUGAUCCAGCAGGUGGCGCCAGACGCCUUCGCCGGCGUCAACGACACGCUCACCUCUCUCAGCCUGCUCAACAACCUGCUCACCGACUUCCCCGCAGCCGCCAUCAGCACUCUGGGCGAACUCAGGGUGCUGGACCUAGGCUUCAACCUGGUGGCGGAGCUGCCGGCGGACGCGUUCAGCCGGACGCCGGCGCUGACGCUGCUGGCGCUGGACGGCAACCCGCUGCGGCAGGUGGCGGAGCGCGUGCUGGCGCCGCUGGCGGGCUCGCUGCGCGGGCUGUCUCUGGGCGGGCGCGCGCUGCGCUGUGACUGCCGCCUGCGAUGGCUGGCGCGGUGGCUGCGCUCCUCGGCGCAGCUGCAGCUCACCUCACGCGAGCGCGACCCACAGUUCUGCGGCAGCCCGCACCGGCUGCGCAACCGCAGCUUCGUCAACAUACGGCCCGAGGAGCUGACCUGCAGCGAGGACAACGAGUUGGAGGCGGAAGCGGUCGGCGAGGGGGAGGGAGAGGGGGAGGCGACACCCGUGAAGUCCGGAGAACUGGACGCCGACGCCGGUGACGUCACCGAGUCGCCCCCGAGGCCGCCCGCCCCCACCACGACGACGACGACGACCACCACCACCACCAUCAAACCGAGCUCGACCAUCAAACCCAAGACUGUCGCCUCCACGAAGGCGUCAACCAUCGCUGCCACAAUUCGGCCCACGAGCACUUCCACAGCCACCAUAACAACCACCAGCACCACCACUACCACCACCGCACCGCGCCCUACAACUACUACGGCAAGGGCGCGCGCUCGGCCACCGGCGCAGCAGCAGCAGCAGCACUCCGGCUCGGUGGUGGUGACGCGGUCGUCGACGCCGCCGCCGCCGUCGUGGCGCCGCCACCCGCCGCUUAUCCUGGCGACGACGCCGGCCGAGCCAGCCGUGGUGGUGCGCUCGGCGUCGCGCCAGGACGGCGCCGUCGUCAUCUCGUGGGACUCGCGCGCCGCCGACAUCCCCGGCUUCCGCGUCGUCUACCGCCUGUUCGGCGACCGCGCCUUCAAGCAGGGCCCGCCGCUCGAGCUCAGCGAGCGCGAGUUCAAGAUCAAGAACGUGCCGCCGCAGGAGUGCAUCGUGGUGUGCGUGGUUUCGCUGUCUGACGUCACGGUGACGCCGGAGACGGUGCCGGCGGCGCAGUGCCGGGAGGUGCGCACGGCGGCGGCGGGCGCGCUGCCGGGCAACAUGGACAAGAUCACGAUCGCGGCGAGCGCCGCCAUCUGCGCCACCGUGGUCGUGGCACUGGUCGUGUUCGUGGCGGCGUCGCGGCGGCGCUCGCGCCAGCUGCGCACGCUGCACGGCGGCAAGGCGGCCGGCCGGCCCGCGUCGCCGCACCCGCCGCUCUCCUCGCUGGCGGCGCUCGCGUCGCCCGCCGCCGCGCCACCGGGCUUCGGCCACAAGGAGUGGGACCAGGCGUCCGUUUACAGCGGCCGCAGCAUCCCGCGCCCGCGCGCCUACCACCUCGACCGCCAAGGCUCGCUGACGGCGGGCUGCGCCACGGACGAGGUGCGGUCGCACGCGUCGCACUUCAGCACGGGCAAGGGCGGCAAGUCGCGGUCCGUGGCCGACGGCCAGUCGCAGCACAGCUUCUCCAACCACUCGGCCAGCCGCUACCCGCUCGCGCCCGCCGCCUACUCCUCGGGGCUCGUCAGCUCGCGGCCAGAGCUACGACAAUCGCGGCAGUCGCUGGCAGCCACGGCGAUGACGUCAGAUCGCGCCUCCGGUGCGCACAUGCACGGCCACAGCCACGCGCAUGCGCACCGCGGCCAGGCCAGCAGGCCGCGCACGCGCUCCCGCGAUCGGUCCGGCGUCGUGACGUCAUCGCGACCCGGCAGCCGCUACGGCUCGACGCACACGCUCAGCAACUACUGCGCCGACCCGUCGGACAACUGGACCGACCACGACAUGGACAUUUACAUGGCGCGCAACCCCACCACGCGCGGCGGCCUAGUGCCGCUUUAGGGCUGACCCCCAUUUCCUUAUUGCGAACUGCAACUCCGAUUGCUCGUGGCACCGAGAUUGGUACGGUGUCUCUGAUGCGCUAGCACCGACAGGACAGUGCAAUUGUCAAUACUUAGUAAUUCGCUGGGCAUGAGGAAGAGCUCACACCAUCACAACUAAAUAAGAUACGUCCUUCCUUCUAACUGCUUCCAUCAGUCUGCGAAGGCACACAGUUCUGGGAAACUGAUGUCGGAAUCCCAAUUCUAAAAACCAGUGUAUUGCUGAUAAUGAAAGUCUGAAAAUUUAAAAAUAUAUGCUAAAAAGGCAACUGAAAGUAAAUGAUGAAGUAAGGCAGUGUUGUGUUUAAUCACUGUCACAGGAAUGAAAUUCUGAGAGUUAGCUAGUGCAAGUUGUCCCCAACAAGUGAAUGAAAAGACAGUCACACUCAAACUGCUUCGCAGCACUAGCUAACAUCGUAUCAGUUUUAUGAUGUGCAUUUGCACUGAAAAUGUUGUGCUACUUUUACAGAGCACUAAUAAUUGUGUUGUAACCACAUAUUUUUCUGAAGAUUUUUGGUUUCAAGGAUGAAUGGAAAAGUACUACUUUCGCAGUAUUUUUUUGUCACAAUCGCUUCAGUUUAGUGAGACUCAGCAAGAGAAACUACUAAUGAAACGUGCGUGCGUGUGCGUGUGUGUGUGUGCGUGUGUGUGUGUGUGUGUGUGAGUGAGAGAGAGAGAGAGAGAGAUAUUGUCAUUUACAUAAUACGUGGUAUUGUAAGAAACAUCUGAAUGCAUCUGGUAGCGGAAAAGUCAGAAAACCAUUUACAAGCGAAAGACAGCUCUUUAAACAAUGAAAAAUGUAUAAAAACAAGCUGUACUCUAUAUUUUAUUAAAGUAUAAUCCCUAAUAUUUCUGACAAAUGUGACACUGUCUUCAUGGUUAAUAGAGCAUGAUUAAUAAAUAAUUAAACUAUGAAGUGUGAGACACGUCAGCAACAAGUGAAAAGUGUAUAGCUUAUUAAGUGAAGUCUGAGUUUUUACUGUUACCUCAGGAAAUGAGUUUUGUCCUUUGUAUUUAUAUUAUUGUACAGUGUUUCAGUAAGUAUACAGUUGUUACUUGAAUUGGAUAGAGACUUGCUUCAUGUAGGGUAUGUUAGACAUACCCACAAUUAAGAGGCAUACAACUUGCUCAAGACUGUUUUCAAUAAUAAUGGUGCAUUUCAGUAGUGACUCAAUUAUAGGACAGUCUAGUUUAAUGUCCCUCACUGAAAGACAGAGCGCCAUCUGACAAUCUUCUGGAAAAUGCAGUCUUGCAUUUCCUCCAAUGGAGGCAUAAUUUAUAAUUAUAUUAACUUUUCAUGCCUGAAGUAUGAAUUACAUGCAUCAAACGGCAUUCUUAAUAACCUCUUUGGUAUCUAAAUUAUCUUUGUUAUUACACUAGGAUUAAGGAAGAGAUACUGUUUAGCACGGACCACAAAGUAGCACAAAUUGUUUUCAUUACAUUGAAUUUAAUUGUAAAUCACUUGGUAUAAAUACAAUA